AUGAUCUGGCAGAGAAGAAAGCAAAAAAAUUCUAUGAACUCUUGGAAAAAAAACUGGAGGAACAGUGUUUCUAUCUCCACUCACCAAACCAUACAAGAAAACAAAUGGAAUAAAGAAGAUGACAUCCCCCUCACCAAAAAUGUGAUUGCUCUGAGAGACCAUCUCAGGCUGGUGGAAGACAAAGCAAGAGAGGAACUGACUCCACAAAUGAGUUUAAGAGCAUACAAGGCAUUAAACGAGACUGUUCUGGCACAGGUCAUUAUUUUCAACAAGCGGAGGGAAGGGGAAGCAUCACGCUUGACUCUUGAGAUCUACAAGAAAGCAAGCACAAGUGCCAUUAAUGAGGACAUCUAUGAAACCUUGUCACCACUAGAAAAGGAGCUGAGCAAGAUAUUAACCCGCAUCGAAAUCAGGGGGAAAAGAGGAAAGAAGGUUCCAGUUUUCUUGACGGAGAGAAUGAAAGAGUCGAUCGAUUUGUUGGUCAAAAGGAGAGAAGAAGCUGGUGUACCUGCUGAAAAUCCCUAUCUCUUUGCAAGACCUGGUGUGAUGACAAACAUACGUGGAUGUGACUGUCUGCGUAAAUAUGCAGAAGAAAGCAAAGCAGAAAACCCUGAACUCCUAAGGUCAACUAAAUUAAGAAAACAGGUUGCCACACUCUGCCAACUCUUGGACCUUAGUGAACAAGAGCUGGAGCAAGUUGCACGGUUCAUGGGUCAUGACAUCAGAGUACACCGGGACUUUUACAGACAGACUGACAAAACAUUUCAAAUUGCCAAGAUAAGUAAGCUUCUGUUCGCAAUGGAGCAAGGCACUGAGAGCUUUCGAGGAAAGAACCUUAACACGCUUCAUCCAUCAGUGUGCGGUGAAAGUCCCACAUCAGCUUCUGGUUUACAGAGACAAACAAAAAAAGGACGAGCGAAGAGAAGUAGAGAGGCCGAUGAGGGUAAGAUUUAAAGUUUAGAUUUAAACUUUGUGUUGUUAAAACCACCUACCAGUAAAAUGGAGUUCAAAACAAAAGCACCACAAUGAACUAUGUAUUCAUAAAAUCUAGGGUAGCACAAAUAUGAACAUUUUGGCUGAUACUGAUAACC